GUUUCUCUCUAUCUCUCUCUCUUCAUUCUCUGGCCUGUUGAUCCUACAUUUCUGAUCAGUCCAGAUCUUAGGUUGAUGUCAAACAACUAAAAAUAUUGUUUUUUUUUUCUUGGAGUUAGAAGUCUCCUCAAUUUUCAAGUGAUUAAUUUUUCAGUGAAUUUUGCAAAAGAAAAAAAAUCCGGGUUGUUGAUAGUUUCUUCUGUAAUGUUGGUUUUCCUUUACAAAAAGCGAACGUUCUGUUCUUUGUUAAACAUCUUCUGCGCAGAAAAAAAAAAAAAAAAGGAGGAUUUAUAGUGAACAGUUUAUAUCAAUCUGAUAGAGAAAAAAGCUGAUUUUUUUAGAGAUUAGCAUGAGAGUUUAAGGUGAAUUAUUGGUGAGAGAUUUCAAUCUAUGGCUGGAGAAGACUUAGUGGAGCUGAAAUUCAGGCUUGCAGAUGGAACUGACAUUGGUCCAGGCAAGUAUAGUCCAGCUACAACUGUGGCUUCUAAGGAGAAAAUACCUGUUCAGUGGCCUAAAGACAUAAAAAAUUGCCCAAAGUCGAUACAAGAUGUGAAGCUAAUUCAUGCUGGAAAGAUACUUGAAAACUGCAGGGCACUUGCUGAGUGCAGAUUCCAGGUUGGUGAACUUCCAGGAGGUGUAACUACAAUGCAUGUCGUCCUGCGUCUUCCUUUGUCAAAUAACAAUGAGAAACAACAGAAUGAUUCUCCUAAGAAAAGCAGCUGUCUAAUGAGAUUGCUGAUGCUUAUUCUACCGAUGCCAUUUCCUUCAUUUUCAAUGCGUUCCUGUUAUAUUUGUGGCGAUUGCAAUUCUUCAACAUUACAUGUUUUAGGCAUGUUAUCAAUUCCGGUGGCAGCAGAAACAUAA